GAACGAAAGCUUUUUUUGAUGACUCAACGUCCUUUUUACUCAAUCUGUAAAGGAUUGGUGCGACUGCUUGUUACUCGCAGCAACAUCAGAUCAGAAGAUGAACCGGCCGUUACUAAUGCGCUUUCAAAACACUUUGAAGUAGCAACACAUCUGGAACUUGAGCUUGCUGAACACUUGGGCGUGACUCAAGAAGAAACCGAGCUGUUGUCUAAAUUUGUGUGGGCACAGGCCAUGGCAGAAAACCUGGCCACUCUUACCGAUAACGAAUUUGCUGCAGAGAGAUAUUUUUCUACAGAAGUUCAGCCUGCACUUGAAAAAAGUCUUGAUGCGCUUGCUGUAUAUACAGAGGCUCAUGCUACCAGUCAAGGACAAGAUAUUCUUGGAAAAUGGGCACAAUCCUAUAGCAAUGCGAUCCAGCAAGUGAUGAAGACAGUGCUUACCAUGACUCGCAUACGUGCCUUUCAAGCCAAUAUCGAGUUAAAUGACUUGCUUUACACUCUAGCACCUAAAGCACUUGAAAAGAAUGAUGUUUUAGCAACCAACAUGCUACGCAUCAAUGUAUCUGCGUUGUCCUAUCUUGCUCCAGCGUCAUCAAUGAUUGUUGGAAUGAGAUUGCCAGAAUAUGUGACGAGUGUGGUUGAUGCAGCCAAAAGGGAAAUUAUUGAUGAGGAUUCACUUGAGAGUAUUUUUGACAAUCCAGCCAUGCAACAAUGAUCGAUUAUAAAACAAACUUUGAAUGAG